AUGGCGCUGCUCGCCGCCUCCCGCGCCACCUCCGUCUGCUCCACCCCCGCCGCCUCACCACCACCUCCCCAUCCUCUCCCCAUCCGGACCCCGAAACCGCCACCCCAGAGCGGUCCCCCGUUCGAGCUCCGCCGGACGAGAAGUUCACGGCGUGGGUCACGUGCCUCGUCGAUGGUCUACCUCCACGCCGUCCGGUCCCUCUCCCGCCAGACGAAGGCCUCCGACGUUGUCCCAGACACCUUCCUGCUCAACCUCAUCAUCAAGGCCUACGCGCGGUGCAUGGAGGUGGACGACACGCUCAAGGUGUUCCGCGAAAUGCCACUGUAUGGCUGCGAGCCAAACGAGUUCACCUAUGGCUACAUUGUCAAGGCCAUGUUUCAGAAGGGCUGGGCAGACAAGGGCAUGGUGUAUUUUGCAGAGAUGAGGGAGAAGGGAUUUGUGCCAUCCGGAGGCAUGUACAUGAUUGCUGUGUCAGCGUUGGCAUUAGAAUGGAGGUUCGAGGUAUUGAGGCGGGUGCUGCUGGAUAUGUUGGAUUGCAAGAGGAAGCCGGAUAUGAUCACAUACAGGACACUGCUGGAGGAGAUGUGCUAG